AUCGUCUCUCUGUCCAUUCUCUUUGUUCCUAAGCCCUUCUUCUAAAAAAGAUGCCUGCCAUCGCCUUUGGACGCUUUAAUGAUUCCUUCAGUUUGAGCUCUUUGAAAGCCUAUCUCGCUGAAUUCAUCUCCACCUUGCUCUUCGUCUUCGCCGGAGUUGGUUCCGCCAUAGCUUAUGACAAAUUGACUUCAGAUGCUGCUCUUGAUCCUUCUGGACUUGUAGCAGUGGCUAUAUGCCAUGGAUUCGCCCUCUUUGUCGCGGUCUCGAUUGGAGCCAACAUCUCCGGCGGCCACGUUAAUCCUGCAGUCACCUUUGGAUUAGCUCUCGGGGGACAAAUCACCAUUCUUACCGGCUUCUUCUACUGGAUUGCCCAGCUUGUUGGCUCCAUUGUGGCAUGCUACCUACUCAAAUUUGCCACCGGAGGCUUGACAAUUCCAACCCACGGUGUGGCUGCUGGCGUGGGAGUUGUUGAAGGAGUUGUUAUGGAGAUCAUAAUCACCUUUGCUUUGGUCUACACUGUCUAUGCCACAGCAGCUGACCCAAAGAAAGGCUCAUUGGGCAUUAUUGCUCCCAUGGCAAUUGGUUUCAUUGUUGGUGCCAAUAUCUUGGCUGCCGGCCCGUUCUCCGGUGGAUCAAUGAACCCAGCCCGCUCUUUUGGGCCGGCUGUUGCUACCGGGGACUUCCACGAUCACUGGAUCUAUUGGGUUGGACCCCUCGUCGGUGGUGGCUUGGCCGGAGUUAUCUACUCAAAUGUGUUCAUGCACCACGAACAUGCCCUUCUCCCCAGCAACUUCUAAAAUUUCAGUCUAGUGAACGAGAUUUUCGUCACUACGGAGAAAUUACUGAAAUUGUGAUCAUCAUUGUGUUCAAAACUCGCUUGUUUUUUGUAAUAAAAGGAAGAACAGCAGGUUUACUUGCAGUUCUUUCUUUCCCCGUUUUGCCCAUUUCAUUGUCGUUCAUAGCUGUAAAUCCAUUUUCUAGUGAAAU